AUGAGUUCGAAGAAGUGGCCAAGCUCAGAGGAGGCAGAGGAGGCGGAUGCUAUCGCCACGAUCCCAGCCAUGAGUCCGAAGAAGCGGCCAAGCCCAGAGGAGGAGGAUGCUAUCGCCAGUGAAGCAGUCAACCAGCAAACGAAAUCUGCGCAGCCCGGCCCUUCUACCUCUCCUCCUAAGCCCAAGAAGGCACGUUCGCCACCUUCAUCCGAGGCCCCAGCCGCAUCACCCCCCACCACGCCUGGCCACUCUCAUCGCCACAGCGGUGUAGCCAGUGAUUUCGAUCGCGGUGACGCCAAGAACCCGGUCGGUCGACAGCUUUGGAAUCCCCCCGACGAUUCAAAGAGCCGCAACGAGUCCAAGGCCCGCAGCGAGUCAAAGAGCCACAGUGCCCGCCCUAAGCAUUCAACAUCAAGGCGAUCCAAGAUUGGCAACCGCAAUAGUGCAUCAGUGGGGCUCUUCCCGGUCCCCGUAGUACACCCUCCCGACAUGACCACAAUCCCCGGUUGGAAGCUUCAUCGCCAGCCUGACACCAAACCCAUCUCGUAUGAGAAGCUUGUCAGUGAGGUCACAGGCAUCUAUGAAGGCCUGAUAAUGGUUGAAUUCAAAUGCAUUCAACUUACCGUUGAUCCGAAAACCCGGAUCCCAGAUGAUCAAGAGCUCGAUUCGAAGCAGCUCCAGAAUUUGAUUGGGCUACAUCGCACGCUGCUAAAUGAGCAUCACGAUUUCUUUCUCGCCAGCUCAUCUCCGUCUGCGACUCCUUCCGUGCGCAACCUUCCUAAGAAGUACAAUAUGCCUGGGCGGAUGUGGCGCUACGGCAUUCAAUCAUUUCUCGAGCUCCUCCGCAAGAGAUUACCCGGCUCUCGCGAACAUAUGCUCACGUUCCUCGCCAUUGCAUACGGAAUCAUGACUCUGCAGCACGAAACUAUCCCUGAAUUUGCUGAUUCCUGGCUCGAAUGUCUUGGGGAUGUGGCCAGAUACCGCAUGGCUAUUGAAGAAAACGCUUUCGAACGCGAAAUUUGGACGUCGGCAUCUCGGUCCUGGUACUCAACGGGCUCAGAGCGAUUGCCAGAGGUUGGCCGGAUGUAUCAUCACCUGGGUAUACUUGCAAAGCCCGAUCCCCUGUGGGAACUUUACUACUACAGCAAGUCACUAUGCGUUCCGGUGCCUUUUCCAGGUGCUUGGGAUAGCAUCAUGUCGGUUUUCAUCCCAAUCCUGAGAAAGCCAAUUCAUCCAGAUCCCUCAUAUCGGCCGACUGAUCCAUACGAUGAGCUGUUUGUGAGAGUCAAUGCUAUCCUCCUUUCUGGACUCCAGCGCGACGAACUCCAGGAGACAGUAGCAAGGUUUCUUGGUACGUUGGAUAGGAGCAUCGCUCUGCGGAGCAAGGGCUGGCUCCAAUCAGGACACUGCUUUGCCAUUUCUCUCAUCUGUUCUCUUGUCGGCUACGGCGCGCCUUCCAAUCCCCUUCAGCAAUCACUACCUCAACCUGUCGCAGGUGAUGCAAACGGUUCGCUAGGUGACAAAAAGGACAUCGAUGGGGAUAUGGCCAAGGACAAGUUUGAAACGACACGAACAUUCGUCAUGCAGACUUGCAAUAUUGUGUUGCGACGCAAAUCGGACCCUAACUGUCUCCCAUUCUCUCACACGGUAUUAGUCUUUUUGUAUUACGUGGCUCAACACCCGAAAGCCAUGUCGCUUAUUGAGGACGAGUUCCCAUGGACCCGAGUGGCUGAUCUGCUCAACGAAGCCUAUCCUGCACUGAUGUCGGCACCGAGAAUGGCGGACAAAAACUUCCCGCGACCACCAGCCAACGAGCCGUUACGCCCACUACCAGAAGACUACGGUAUGCGAGGGUUUGCGCUAUCAAGGGACUACUUCCCUAAGGAUUGGUUCUCAAGCGAGCAAAUCGAAGAUGAAGAGAAGAUGUUCGAGCCGCCGUCGCUUGGGGACGAGAGACGGCAACGUGUACUCUGGCUUGGGCGUCGAAUCUGCGAAUUAGGGAAUUGGCUCAAGUGGAACGAAAAAACAUGUCGGUUCACUGUCGACUCGGCACAUGACAGAGACAUUGGACUGCCUGUUGAAGCCUGA